UCUGAACUGAAUCUUCCCCAAAACCCAAGGAAGCAGCAAAGAAAACCUAAGAGCACUAAAAGCUCCAUUUCAGAAUGUGAACAAGAAAUAACCUAUGCGGAAUUACAUCUUCAAAGAGCAGCUCAGGAUUUUCAAGGGGAGGGCAAAGCUUACCACUGCAAAGGUUUACCAUUUCCUCCAGAGCAGCUCAUUGCUGGGAUCCUGGGAAUCAUCUCUCUUGUCUUAAUGUUUACUGUGGUAACCAUACUUGUCAUUGCCUCACAGAUGCAGAGCAAUUCUUCACAGACCAGAGGAACUCAGAAAGAAUAUCACUGUGGUCAUUGUCCAGAGGAGUGGUUUACAUAUUCCAGCAAUUGUUAUUACACUGGUAAGGAAUUUAAAACUUGGAAUGAGAGUGUGAUGGCCUGUGCUUCUAAGAACUCCACUCUGCUUUAUAUAGAUGAUGAAGAAGAAAGG